UCCAACCAACCACCACCACCCACCGUCAUGAACUCCACCGCCCUCCUCCACCGUGGAAUCGCCCCAACACCGCCACUCCCGUUGUCGUUCCGACGCAACGUGUCUUCUUCCGUUCACCUCGUCCCUAACGAGACCGUUAACAAGCACGACGCUCGGAGGUGUACUAAUAAUGGCAUCAAAAUAGUGUGUCACGUAUUUAACCCAAAGGAGCCGUCCAGUUCUCAUAACCAUGGCUUUCCUUUAUUAAACACCAAAGUGGCUAUGCAGUCGCUGCUGUGCCUCCCUUUGGAUGCGGCGGCGGAGGGUGAAACCAAAGACAUAAGUGCAAACAAGAGAAAAGCUUUACAGGAAUUGUUGGCUAAUAAUCCUUCAGGGGCUGAGAAGAUAAUGAAGAAGUUGCUUCAAAGAUACGAAAAUGACAAUAUGCAGACUAAAUAUGAAGCUACCUUGGCAAUGGUCGCAAUUCUCAUCCACACGGGAGGGGUAGAAAGCUUGAGAAAUGCUAUUCGGUAUCUGAACGAGCUAGAAGCGUGGAACAAUAAGCCAAGUGAUGCAAAGCGUAUCCUUUAUCGGGCUGUUAUAUAUACCUUAUUGGAGAGCCAAAUUGAUGCUAAAACUAAUUGGAAAACUUUCUCAGACCAAAUCGGCAAGGGCCCAAAACAGAGUUGAUAACAUUAGAAUAUAUA